AUGACAAAUUUAUCAACCACCAAUUAUCUUGUCCCACAAGUUCAUAUUCAUUCAACUACACCAGAAGAAGAAUUAAAAUAUUUGAAAUUUUACAAUAAUCAAUUACUACAAGAAAAUAAAAAAUUGAAAAGUAUAAAUCAAAAUUUCUCAUCAUUAAAUCAAAGUUUAAAUGCAAUGAAUGCUUAUUUAUCUGAUUCUGGUUUAUCAUUAUAUGAACAAAAUUAUGAAUUACAAUUAGAGAUUUCAAAGUUGAAACAAAAUGAAAAAGCAUUAACUGAAUUUAUUGAUUAUUCCAAGGUACAAACUCAAAAAUUGAUUUCCAACAUGAAUAAUUUAGCUAUUGAAAAAAAACAAUUAAUGGAUAAAUUAAAUUAUGAAAAUUGUGAAAAUGAAAAUUUAAGGAAAAGAAUUGAAUUAUUUACCGAAAACACGAAUUUAGAAUUAACAAAGAAUAAAGAGUUUAGCAAUGAGCAAUUGGAAGUGCUUAAGUCUUUUUUUGAUGGGUUUAUUGGAUUUCAAGCACAUACUACUGAAAAGACCAUGAAUUUUAAUUUUGAGCUUUUACAUGAAAGAUUUUUAAUUAUUUUUGGACAAUGUUGUUUCAGAAAUUGUGAAAGGUGUUUAAAGGAUGAAACAAAAUUAAGUCAAGCCAAUAAAGAUACUAAUAAUGAUUUUGAUGCAGGUGGUAUUGUUCAACUCAGUGAAGAUGGUAUCGACCAGUUUAAAGAAGAUUAA